AUGAUCAAGCACACGAUGAUAUCCCGGCUUGACGGCCUACUGUUGACAGCCUCAGUCGAUGACGAGCAGACAGACGCCGAGUUCAACGAGGUCAAGGCCAAGGUCAAGCUUGUGCAGCGCCGCCUAAACCGUAAUGCGGAACAACAAGCAAGCAUAGAGAGCGGAAACUACACAUACCACUACAUAAUCGAAGGCGACCUCUGCUUUCUCUGCAUAUGCGAGCGUUCCUACCCGCGCAAACUCGCCUUCACGUACCUCUCCGACCUCCACCGCGAAUUCACCACCACAUAUCAACCGCAACAAUACCUCUCACCGACAUGCCGACCGUACGCCUUUGUCGAGUUCGAUACCUUCAUUCAGCGCACAAAGAAGACAUACCAAGAUUCAAGGGCAACACAGAACCUGGACAAGCUGAACGAUGAGCUCAAGGACGUCACAAAGGUCAUGACCAAGAACAUUGAGGAUCUGCUUUACCGUGGGGACAGUCUGGAGAGGAUGGGCGACAUCUCGAGUCGGUUACGCGAGGAUAGUAGGAAGUACAGGAAGACUGCUGAGCGCAUCAACUGGGAGUUGUUGCUGAAACAGUAUGGACCUAUCGGCGGCUUGGCCUUCAUAAUCAUUGUCUUCAUCUGGUGGAGAUUCUUCUAG